AUAUAUAUAUAUAUGCAUAUACGGAAUAUAUACUUAUAAAAGCAAGUUGACCUGGACGAAAAACUUAUUGAAGUUUCUGAAUGACUUUUUCUUCAUAAAUUAUAUCGUAAAUAUGCUGAAAUGGAUGAAGGAAUACGGUUCGAUAUUUAUAAACAGAUAUAUUAUCAAUACACAACAAUUUUUCAAAAAACAUUCAAAGGAUAUUGAAUUUUCAUCAGUCGAAGAAAAUGAAUCCGCAGAGCUACUAUGUAAUAAUAUUUCGUCAGAUGAACCCAAGGAGCUUUUACAUGACUAUUUUUCUGAGCUUCCUGUUGAAGUAAUACUAAAAAUAUUAAAAUAUUUGGAUUUGAAAUCCUUGUAUCGUAUGUGUAGAGUAAAUAAAUAUUUUAAUGAUUUAGCACAAAAUCCUAUGUUAUACACAAGUUUUAGAUUGCAUUCAUAUGAAUUACAUUGUUAUAAAAAUGUUACGGGUAAAGAUUUAUUGAAAUUAUUAGAAACAUCCAGAUAUAAAUAUUUAAAAAAGGUUGAAAUUGAUAACACUGACAGAUUUUCUAGUUGGGAAGUCUUGUCUCUCAUUCUGACAUAUGGCAGUUCUUUAACGUGCUUAUAUUUGUGUUUCACUGAAGACAUCAAUAUUGAUAAUAUCACUAGUACAAUUUCAAUAAAGUGUAAAAAUUUGAAAGAAUUGAAGAUAAGUAGAUGCGGAAAACACAUAACAGAAAAAGGAUUUCUAUGUCUUGCAAAUUUGCAGUUUUUAGAAUAUUUUGCUUUGUCUCAGAGUUAUAUAACAACUACUACUCUUUGUAAAAUAGUACGGAACAAUCGUCGAUUGCGUCACUUGGCUAUAACAUACAGUUUUUCUAAUAUUGAUUUAGUCGAUGUCUUCAAAAAAUUGAAAAAAUAUUGUCCAAAUUUAGAGAUCGUAGAUUUUCAUGGAUAUGUGAAUAUAUCCACAAUGCGAUAUUUCGAUCAACUCUCUGAGUGUAAAAAUCUUCGGGAAGUCAAUUUUAAUUCGCGGUAUACGCGCAUAUAUAAAACUGAAGAUAGUGCAAGUUUUCGUCAUUUUCUUUCCUCCUGCCAAUAUUUAGAAAAAAUCUGCUUACGACGUUAUAAAGGAUUCACCGAUCAUGAUUUAAAAGCAUUGACAUUGUGCAAAAAUUUGAAAUAUUUAGAUUUGAUGGGCAUUCAAACUCUCACAGCCAACACAUGUCAUAGUAUUUUUAAACACUGUCCUAAAUUAGAAUUUAUCAAUCUCACGUUUUGUAAUAACAUUUCUGAUUCGUUCAUUAAGCAAUGGCAAGAAGAGCAUUCACAUGUAACUAUCAGAAGAAUGGAUGAAAAAGAUCAGCUAGAAGAUAUUUUCUUUCCGUUCGACCUUGUGACAAACAUUCGUUUCUACGGAAUAUGACGUUCAGGUCCACACAACCUC